AUGGCUCUUGAAAAAAAAAAACAAAUUCGUGGUGUUCGAAUUUUAUUAACCGUUUUCUAUGGAUUUUUAUUAUCGAGUAUAUUAUUUCGUUAUGUUAUUCAUGGUAUUGUUGAAACCAUUCGACGACCAACAAAUCCAUACGCUAUUGCAACGAUUGCUAUUGGCGGUUUGGUUCUUAUUUCAAUUUUCUUGGCUACUUAUGCAACAUGGUUUGAUAAUGCCAUGAUAUUAAUGGUUACGGGUAUUGUAUUUAUUUUUGUAUUUGGUUUAACAUUGGUCUUUGGUAUAAUACGUAUUAUUAAAACAGCACCUAAUCGUCUCGUAGCAACAACAAAAGCUCCAAGUGUCUUGAUAAAUGCGGAUGAAUCAGUCAAUACGGUUACAGAAACAUACUCAAAUGAGAAUACAAUGAUACCUGAUACUUAUGCUGUGACUGAAGAUAUAACUAAAUUGGUUAUUGAAUUAAUUUUUAUACUUUUUGCUAUACUUGGAACAUUUACUUUAAUGCGGUAUAUUAAAGGAAAAUAUGCUCCUGUACCAACACGAGAUAAAUCAUAA